AGUGAAAGGGACAUGUGGCAUCUAUUACAGCUUGUAGCUGGUAUUAGGGACAUGAAUGGCUUAUCAGGCAUGGGCUGCCUGCGCUCAGCUCCAGCCUGUAUUUGCACACCUGUCCUCAGGUGAUGUGCUGUGCUCCAUUGUGCCCCUCACUCCCCGGAGCUGUGGCCGAAGGUGGAGCUGGGAAGAGAGACGAGGAAAGGCGAGAGAGCUGCGGGCGGCGGGAAGGUGGCGCGAAUCUUCACGGGAGCCGCGGCUGUGAGGGAAGGGGAGGUGAAGGGGGAGGGGAGCCGAGCGACCAAGGUAAGGCGCCUCAUUCCGCAAAAAGAGCAUGGUGUACGGCCUGAGUGCAGCUAACAGGUGCUGCUCCACGUGACACCGCAGCUCCCGGGACAGAGCAGGACAUGUCCGAGUAGGAGAGCACGAAGUCACCAUGGUGGAGGAGCUGUUCUGUAAAGUGGUCUCCAUUCUCAUCAAGUGCCGGGACUGUGAGGAGAGCUGCUUCCGAGGCAACAUAUUGGGGACACUGCUGUGACCAGUGAUUGGCUGAGCGGGCAGGCCCUACUCAGAAGAUGCUACAAGCAUGGGGACAAAGGGGACCAGACCAGGGUAGGAGAUCCACUGUCAGACUGACUGUAGAAACACAUUCAUUUUCAAAACCUGUGUAUAAAAAGGACCUAAUUGUUCGUCUUUCGGAUGAUACAGAUCCGUUUUUCCUAUACAAUCUCACUCUAGGGGAAGAAGAUUUUCUAAGUCUUAAAAACCAGCAAGGAUUACUAGUGGAAUAUUCUUCAUUUCCACAAAGAUUCAUAGAACUUUUGGAGCAGUGUAUAUCUGAACAAGCAAAGACCGUGCCUAGGUUUUUACUGCAGCUUCUAACAACUUCAAAUGGACAUGACUGUAUGUCAGCCAGCCUGAAUAUAAUUGAAACAAAUCCAUUUAAGCACCUUGUUCACCUCUCAUUGAAACUUUUAGAAGGGAAUGACAGUGAUGUAAAAAAAUAUCUUGCUGGCUGCAUUAAAAGCUUAAAGUUGGAAAAUUGUGUCCUUAAUGGAAAAUUAAAGAAAUCUGAAGAGGACUUUACUCAAAAACUAUCCUCAACACAACAGGCGCUGGCAGAAAAAUGUAAGGAACUUGAUAAGCUGAGGAAUGAUUGGGCAUCACAGACAUCAUUACUAACCAGUAGACAUACACAAGAAAUAACAGCUGAAAGAGAGAAUGUUUUACAGAUUCAGACUCAGUACCAGCAGCAGUGUGACCAGCAAAAGAAGGAGCUAGAAUCAUCAAGUAACCGAACAAUAAAGCACUUGGAAAGCAGAGUGUCUGAGUUGGAAGCAUAUAACAAAGACCUUACAGAAAGAAAAUACAAGUCUGAAUCAUGCAUUCGAGAACUCAAAGGCAAACUUACUACAAUGGAAGAGGAAAAUCAUAGAGUAAAACAAGAGGUAUCUGCUCUUCGAAGAGAGAAUUCUACCCUGGACUCAGAGUGCCAUGAGAAAGAGAAACAUUUAAACCAGUAUAAAAUGCGGACAGCUGUUCUAGAACAGGAAGUAAAAGAUAAAGAGGAAGUUGUGAUAAGAACGACAGAGGCUUGUGAAAGUGCUCUAGAACACAAGAAAAAGUUAGAAGAAUCUCUUGAACAAAAACAACUACAAGCUGGGAAGCUAGAAUCCACUGUGAAAUCUCUUUCUGAGGAGCUGAUAAAAGCAAAUGAAAUUAUCAAAAAGUUGCAAACAGAUAUGAAGAAAUUGGUAGACAAAAUAAAGCUAAAAAAUGCUGUGACAAUGCAACAAGAAAAGCUUUUGGGAGAGAAGGAUCAGAUGCUGCAAAAGGAGAAGGCAGAGCUUGCCAAUGUAAAGCACAUCCUGAAAACUAAAGAGGAGGAGGUGUUGAAGUUACAAGAGCAGCUCAGUUGCACAACUGAAAAACUAGAAGAAAGCAAGCAACUGUUAAAGACAAAUGAGAAUGUAAUCUCCUGGCUUAACAAGCAGCUGAAUGAGAAUAAAAUUGCAUCUCUACAAGGACCACAAACUGUGUGUGAAGUGCCUGCUUUAGUUAAAACAAAGAGUCCUGCUCCAAACAAUGGUUCAAUUCAGAACAACCAGGUGAGAUUCAGUUUAAAUUUUCCUUCUGACUGCAGUCCAUCUCCUGAUCCCAGACAUAUUCCUUCUACAUCUACUCCUAUUUUGCCGCCUACCUCAUGUGAUCCAACUGGAUUAGAUAUGAAAUACCUUAAAAGAAAUGCAAGUAUGCCUAUCAAAGUACCAAAGAGUGUGAAUGGCACAAGUUCAGGAGUACCAAAGCCAGCUUUAGCAAAAUCAGGAUCUUCUCCAAUAUUAUCAGCUUAUUUUCCAGGGCAACAACCCAGACUUCCUGCCUCUUAAAAUGCAACAGAGUAUUGUUGGCUGCAACUAACUGAACACUGGUUUGGGUAGAUAUGCAGUUGUUUAAAACUGCCAUAGAGACCAAAGUGCUGUAUCCAAACUGAAUAUUUCUUACUAUAAUAAUCUGUGUAAUGUUUAUCAGAACAUUCUAGAUCUUCAAAAUAAAUGGGAACCAUAAGCUGACAUGGAAUGUUACAAGAUGUAUUUGGUGCUAAAAUAUGCACAACUGUAAUUGUUUGUUAUAGACGUUUACAAUGCUUAAGCAGGCUUAAAGGGGUGUUUGUGUAUUUGUUGCUAUUUAUACAUAUUAUUGAGCUUAACAACAUAUAAUGCAAGAUAUACUGCAAGCACAUUUUAACAGGACUUGUUUUAUAUAACAUAUGUAAGAGAGAUGGCGAAUUGUUGCCAUUGUCCUGCAUUUGCGGCACAUUUACCUGGAAUUCUAAAGGAUCUAUGAUUAUUUCAGUGAUGGUGGAAAUAUUCAUAUAGUCAUAACAAAUGUCAAGUGAUAAACGGAGUACAAGUAAGAUAAUGGAUCUGCUGCUGUAUAACACUAUCAAUUAGACAUCCAUCUUGGCUAUGAUUUACGGAGAGAAAAUACAUUAUCCGGACCCCUUUAUUUCCUCUUAUUAUACCAAGCUACAUUAUUAAUGUUUCCUUUGAACAUUCGUAGUGCUACUUAUAAGUGCCAUAUAUUUUCUUAUAAAUACUAAUAUAAUUUUGUCAGUAUUAAGUGUUAUUAAAAUGUUCACAGUAAACUGAUGGGCACACACAGUUUAAGGCAUCUUGCAUUUAGUUAACCUUUCAAACAUAGCCGAUUUAAUGGGUGGCUGGAUUUUUUUAUUCUAUUGUACCUGUAAUGAUGAAGAACUGGUUGUUUUGUCUAUUCUGUUCCGUUUCUGUCUUUUCCUGCUUCAUUUUCUGAUAUGGUUUUAUUAUACAUAUUUUGAUGUUUACAUCAGGACUUGUGUGUUUAACAUUUCAUAUAUAAAUACACUAUUUCCAUGGUUAUACAUGUAUGUAAUGUCUGUAAAAUAAUAAAGUAUUUAUAUUUUGA